AUUAUUAGUCUGAAACCAUGCCUACAUGUUUUCGCUUUCUCUUCUCUGAUCUCUUAGUGUUGUUCCUUCUUUUACUCACUGCCUCUUUGUCUUCUCCGCAGCCACUUUGUCAUCAAGAUGAGAGCUUAGCUCUGAUGCAAUUCAUGGAUAGCUUUAUCAUAUACAAUGAUAUUUCAUGUCCGACACCAUGGAGGGUAGAAGCAGAGCAUGGUAGAUCAGAUUGCUGCUCUUGGGAUGGGGUUGAGUGCGACCCCCACACAGCUCAUGUUAUUGGCCUUGACCUUAGUGACAGCUGUCUCUAUGGUUCUAUCAACUCCAACAGCAGCCUCUUCCGCCUUUCUCAUCUUCUGAGCCUUAAUCUUGCUUUUAAUCACUUCAAUUACUCUAAAAUCCCAUCUACAAUUGGCAAUCUAUCAAGGCUAACGUAUCUUAAUCUCACCCAGUCUUUUGUUUCGGGAGAAGUCCCCUCUGAAGUUUCAAACCUCUCCAAGUUGUCGUCACUCGAUCUGUCUUACAAUUAUGAUUUAUUUUAUAUUGGAAGCCUAACAAGGUUAGUCCAAAACCUAACCUACCUCGAAGAGAUUCUUCUUUCUGGAGUCAACAUAUCGUCCAGAGUACCUGAAAGUUUGGCAAAUUUUUCUUCUUUGAGGACUCUAAGGCUAGGUAGUUGUGGAUUGUAUGGGGAGUUCCCAAUUCGAAUAUUUCAGCUACCACAACUACGAGUCCUUAGGAUAGCAUACAAUGAAGAUCUCACUGGUCAGUUGCCCGAAUUUCAUUCUAGCAAUGGCCUUCAAGCUUUAUCGCUUUCUUACACAAGCUUCUUUGGAUCGAUUCCAAAUUCUCUCUGGAACCUUACCCAACUCACUGUUCUGUACCUCUCAAGGAACUCAUUCGACGAUUUGUCAUGCCUCACCAAAGCCAAUUCUAAUCACACUUUUCCACGUUUACAAUAUUUAGGAUUGUCUUCUCUCAACUUAACAAAGUUCCCGGAUUUCCUACAAAACCAGAACAAACUUGUGCAACUUAAUCUAUCAGAUAACAAUAUUCAAGGUAUAAUACCCAAAUGGAUGUAUAAUGCAAGUAAAGAAAACCUUCAAGAUUUAUAUCUUUUUAACAACUUUCUCACAGGCUUUGAAAAUCCUCGAGAUGUUCUUCCUUGGCCUAAUCUACGAGUGUUGGACCUCCACAAUAACAGGCUGCAAGGAUCUCUCCCGAUUUCUCAAAUUCCACCAUCUAUUCAACAUUUAGAUCUUUCCAACAACUUUUUCACAGGCUUUGAAAAUUCUCGAGAUGUUUAUCCCUGGCCUAAUCUACUAAUGUUGGACCUUGAGAAUAAUAGUUUGCAAGGAUCUCUCCCGAUUCCACCACCAUAUGUCCGAUAUUAUCAAGUCAAUAAAAAUGCAUUUACGGGAGAAAUUUCACCAUUGUUUUGCAAUCUGAGUUCACUUUAUGUGCUUGAUUUUUCCUAUAACAAUUUGAGCGGCAAGCUACACCCAUGUUUCCGCAACUUAAGCCAGUCUUUGAUAGUAUUCGAAUUACAAAGCAAUAACAUUGGUGGAACCAUCCCAGAUGCAUGGGCAAAAGGGUGCAGUUUAAGGCUGAUCCACUUGAAUCACAAUCAAUUACAAGGUCGGCUCCCAAGAUCAUUGGCCAAUUGUAAGGAGUUAGAGUAUCUUGAUGUUGGUUACAAUAAGAUCCAUGAUACCUUUCCCUUGUGGUUAGGAACUCUUCCCGAGCUGAAGAUUUUCAUUCUUCGCACUAAUGGAUUUUACGGUGCAAUAAGAAAUAUCCAAAUCAAUUGCACACUCUCCAAUUUGCAUAUCAUCGAUCUCUCCCACAACAAUUUCUCUGGAGAUUUGCCCGCAGAAUGCUUCCAACGGUGGAACACCAUGAAAUUAUUUGGUGCAAAAAAGUUGCAAUACGUGAUGGAUGACUAUGUUGGCAUCCUUUACUCAAUUUCACUAACAGCCAAGGGUACAGAGUUGGAGUUUGAGAGGAUCCAAGAUGAACUCAUAGUCAUUGAUUUAUCAUGCAACAAAUUUGAAGGAGAAAUUCCAGAAGUAGUGGGAAGUCUAAAAGGACUACACAUUCUCAAUUUCUCCAACAAUGCUCUCUCCGGUCAUAUCCCAUCAUCGUUGGCGAACUUGACAAGUCUAGAAUCAUUGGAUCUUUCUCAAAAUAAGUUGUUUGGAGAAAUACCCCCACAACUCGCCCAACUCACUUUCUUGGAAAUUUUUAAAGUGUUCAACAAUUGUCUCACAGAUCCCAUACCACAUGGAAGUCAAUUUGAGAGGUUUCCGAACAGUUCUUUCGAUGGUAACCCAGGAUUGUGUGGAAGCCCAUUGUCAAAAGCAUGUGGAGAUUCAUUGCCUAAACCUCCAAAUGAAGGAAAUCAAGAUUUAGUGUCUCCAUUUGAAUUUGGGUGGAAAGUAGUUGCGAUCGGGUACGGGUGUGGAUUUGUAAUAGGAAUUGUUAUUGGACAAUGGGUGAUUGCAAGGAAGCAAGAUUGGUUUGUAAAUAUCUUUAGAAUUAAGAAGUAGCAACAAACUCGAGAAUGAAUUAGUAAUAUAAUUAAUAUAUAAGUGUGUGUGCUGGCUUCUAGGAUUGUAA